AUUCCAAAAUAGUGAGAGAGCAAGAGCGUAAUCCAUCGAAACGGGUGUAAGCGGUUUGCGUUCGACGAAACGUUUGCACAGUCGAAAACAUGUGUUGAGAGCGUUAUGAUCGUUACUUAUUCAUGAAUUGAAGAGGAAAAAAAUCGUCUUUUUUUUUUAGCCGGCAAUUUAUUAAUUCGACGAUUUGAAAACGAGCCAUUUUUACACGCCGCUAUUUUGUUAAAAAAAAAAAAAUUACAAGACCUAUUCUCGCCAUUUUGGCCAGUAAGUGAAAAAGUGGGUUUUUUUUUCGUUAAAAAAAAAGAAAUUUUCGCAAAUCGUUUUUUUUUUCGCCAAUUUUUUGUGGUUGAUAAGAAGAGCAACGAAAAAAGAAACGGUUUCAUUUCGGUUGUGUCCGUGCGUGUUUGUGUGUGAUUUUUUCUUUUUGCAUUUGAUUCUAGUGAAUAAUUUCGCCGAAUCACUCUCGAAGCAACAAAAAAAAACGGUGAAUAGAAAGGCGAGAGAGUGAACGAGCUUGUUAAUAUUUGCACGGAACUUUUUUUUUCUGUCUUCUUUCGUUUGAAUUUUUGCUCGAUUUUCUUUUCGGCAAAGUAACAUAAAUUACACACAACCAACAGCAACAACAACAAAUUUUUUGAAGAAUAAACGCCUUGGAAUCCAUGUGAUCAUUCGACAGAAAGAAAAAGAGGGAGAGAAAGAGACGAUACUGUGCAUUGUUAAGACUGAACAAACGGUUGAGAUAAUUCGCAAUUUUCAUCUUGGCAAACAAACCCAGCCCAGAUAACAACACUAUCAAUUUUUUCUAUCGCUCGCUCGUUCGUUCGCUUCCUUCAACGCCAAGUGUGUGUUACAUUUGUCGUUGUCAACUUCUUUUUGGCACAAUUCUUAUUUGCGCCCGUCAUUAUUUGCCACUGCGGAGAAAAAACGAUCCAGAUAAUUUUCCCGAGAGCGACUAAUUCGUUGUCAUUUGGUGCGUGUGUGCGAGAGAAUACGAAAACAAAUAUAAAAAAAAAAUGAAAGUGCGUUUAGAGUAUGUGUCGUUCUAUCUAUUGAUCGGUAUACUAUUGCCGGCAAUUGGAUUGGGCGAUGCAUUCACCUGUCCGGACAAUUGUUCAUGCUCGGAAAUUCAGCGUAAGCGUUACAAUUACAAUCAUGCCAAAUGCACAUCGCUGGACGGUCUACGGCAAUUGGGCAAAACAUCGGAAUUGCAUUCGUUGGAUUUGUCAUCGAUGAAUUUAACCAAAAUCAAUAAUCAAUUGGACAAAUUAUCGAAUUUAUCGAAAUUGGAUUUGAGCGAUAAUCAUUUGUCGGAGAUAAGUAAUUUGCAUCAGCGACGUAUACGUGUGUUGAAUAUCAGCGGUAAUCGUAUAACGUCGGGGAAAUUGGCGAAAAUCCCAUGGACGGUGAAACAUUUGAAUUUGUCACACAAUGACAUCACCAUUUUGCCGGAAAUGUUUAAGCGUUUUGUGCACUUGAAAUCACUGGAAUUGGCCGAUAACCCGUUGAAUUGUACGUGCGAAACGUUGGAAAUACGAAAUUGGUUGCAAGAACGUCAGGUGUAUACGGAGAAAGCGAUUCGAUGCAUGGCACCGUUACAAUUCAAAGGUCGUUCAUGGUUACAAAUUCGCCAGUCAGAAGUGUGCGAUCCAAAUGGAUUGGAACCACCACGAAUGCUACCAUUUUCCGAUGGUACGGACGAUGAGAAUGAUUUAAUGUUGGGCGAUGAUCCAAAUGCUGGCUUUGAAAAUGGAUUUGAGGGUGAAUAUUUACCCGUUUCGGCAAAUCAACGCACAAAACGAACCGAUGCGACCGCCGACAGCGAAGAAGAUUAUAUCAAUGAUGAUGAUAACAAUGACGAAGGUUCGGGCAGUGAACCAGAGGAAAUGGUGACAAAAAGCGAUAGUACAACUGAAGCGUAUGAAGGUUCUGGUGAUGAUGGUGAAAUUACCUCACAACUACCAAAUACCGAUGAUGAUGCGGCCAGCAAUGAAACACUCUCUGGUGAAAAUGACAAGACAUCGGAAGAUACCACCGAUAUCGGACCGUCGAGUCUUAAUAGCCGAGAAAAUACCAGUGCCGAAACAUUGAAUGAAAGUGAAACCUUGGCUCCGGUCACCGAAGAGAUCAUCGUACCAGUGAAAAGUGCCACCAAUGAUGCCGAAUUCAUUGAAACGCCAGAUGGAACAGCGGCGGCCACGAGAAAACAACCCAAACAAAGUGAUGCCACAAAAAUUGAAAAUGAUGAAGUACACGAAAGCAACAGCACAUAUAUUCUGCUAGCCAUUUUGGGCGUUUUGUUAGUUGUCCUGAUUUUGUAUGUGGCCACCAAGCGUAGCCGAACCAAUACGAAAAAUCGCCGAAAUAACAAUGACAUCGAAAGUCCAGCACAGGAACUGAAGAACAUGGACAAAAAUAAUUUGGGCAAACCAAUUCAAAAUCCAGUCGAAUUUAUACCGUUAAUACCGGAAAAACAUGAUCCAGAACGCAAAACGAAUUUGUGCAACGGUGAAGAGCCGCUGCUACAGAAAUUGACCGAAGUCGAAAAUGAAAAUGAGACGACGGACGAUGGCAAACAAAAGGCUGCUGCAGAUGACAAACAACCGGCCAAUGGAAAUGCACAACAAUUGAAUGGCAACGCAAAACCCGUACAAAAUGGCGUUCACCCUGGCAAUGAUGAUAAUGCAGCAAACGAUCCACAAUUCCAACCCAUCUCACCGAAACCAUCCAGAUACAGUCCGGUAUAUUCACAUGAUACUGGCCGUGUCAAGAUCAAACUAAGCGAAACCAGCCGACCAAAAACUCCGAUUCUCGUGACCCGAUCAAGAUCAAAUGCUGGCGACAAUAAAUUCGACAACACAAUCAGUCAAUAGCGCGACGAGUAACGGCGCGUUUGUUGUUUGAGUAGAGAUUUUCAACUGUGUAAAAAAAAUGAGGAGAACGAAAUAGGAGGAAAUGAGAAAAUGGAGAAGAACAUGAACGACGAAAUAGAAAAAAAAAAUAUGAGAAAUGAAAUGGAAAAAGGAAUGAAUUAGAAAAACUGAUCAAAAGUGAGACGAUUUCAAAGAAACAAUAUGAAAUUGAUUUAACAACAAUAAUAAUAACAUAAAAAGAAGAAUUACCAGCAAAAUGCAAAUUUCAUGCAAAUUCUCAAACAUUCAUUCGGAAUUGGGAGGAAAUCGCUGAAAAACAAAUUGAAUUCAUGUCGCAAUGUAUGAAUGUGUGUGUGUGUGUGUGUGUGUGUGUGCAUGUGGUUGCGAGUGCAUGGGUGCGAAUGACAAAAAUGUAAAAUUUGCAGCUAAAAUAUACGAAUCGAAAAGAACAUCACGUCAAUUAAGCAUAAUUAUUUUAAAAAAUGAACAACCUCUUUAUUUUCUCUAGAACCUAUAUAACAACAACAACAACAACAUGAAAUUAGGCUAAUAAAUGCGUAGUAAGAAUUCUUUUGGGCAAUUUUCAAUCCGUUUUUUUUUGUUUUGCUUGUUUUUUCGUUGACACUCAUCGAACUCACACCAUAUUUUAUGUUAUUUGUUAGGUGUAUUUGAACAUCUAGGGACGUUCAUCCCUUACGAAGGAGAGAGACUAGGGACGUUUAUCUCCUAAGAAGGAUAAAAAGCAUGAGAUAAAUGCACUUAGAUCAAAAUGAGACCAACAUUUCGGCGGAAUAAUCAAUCAAAUUUCAAGUUCCGAAGAAUUUGGUGGAAUAAUCCGAAAUGUUCGGCCGAAUUGAUAAAUAACACAUUUUGCUUAGAAAUUAAUUGCCACAAUUAAGACAUUUAAAACGAAAAAAAGACACAUGAUUUUUUAAUGCAAAAAUGCAAUUUUUUCCUCGAAUAAAAAAAAAAACGUCAACAAGAAGACGUCAUUGAAGACGCCAAUUUUAUUUCAUAAGUGAAUGAUAAAAAGAAAGUAACAAAUUUCAUACAUUUUAACCUUGGUUUUCUUUCAAAAUUCAAUUUAUCGAAUGUAAUUUUUGCACUAGGUGUAUUGAAUCAUUAUGAUAAGCCGAACAUUUCAAUGGGAUUCUGUGUGUUUGUGUAAUUUAUCGUCAUUUAAAUGGGUCAAAUGAAGAAACAAAGAGAAAAAGAAGAAAAUCCAUUCAUUUUCCAGUUGAAAAUGAGAACACUUUAAAUCCAGCCAUCAGCCGCACUAAUGAGUUUUUGUGUCAUUUUGAUCGCUCUUUUUACCGCUAAUAUUUACAUAAAGCGAACAAGAAAAAAAAAACAUUUGCAAACCAAAGACAUGAUCAAGUCGCCAUCACAGUGAUAACACUAAUCAUUUAAAAAAAAAGAAGAGGAACAAAUGUUGCAAUGAACAAAUACGGCAAGGAACGAAACGAGAAGAAUGAAUGGCAAAAAAAAUGUUCGUCGCAUUUAGAGAGCAAAAAGAAAAAACGGGGGAAAAAAAUCGAAGGAAAAUAGUUAAUGAUUCGAAAUUCGUUGAUUUUAAAACAAUAAAUGAUAAGAAUUUCAAGCCGUUUCUCAUCAAAAUCACACAUCAUUUCUCCUCGUUUUUUUUUACCCGGCCAAAAUUUUCUCUGCGACAAAGGAAAACAAAACAAGAUUUUGAACAAAUUCAACAUUGCACUCGAGAGACGAACGUGAGAAAGGGAAAGAAAGAGAAAGAAAAUUUCUUCUAUAUUCUUUUUUUUGUUUGCAAAUACUUAAAGAAAAAAAAAGAUGUUUUUUUGAAUAUUUUAGAUUAAUGAGAACUCGUUUAAGGUUUGAUCCUAUUAUGCUUACGAUUGUAUUGAGUUUUUAAUGUGUAAAUUAUUCAUUCAUAAAGAAAAAAGAGAAAGAGAGAGAGAGAAUUAAGAGAAAUAUAAUAAAAAAUUUAUAAAUUAGAAAAUA